CUCGUUUUCGAUUUCGAGACGAACAGACGCAAUGUCGAAAUUUUCGAGAAAAUAUUUUGGUCGCAUUUUUUGAAAAUUGUCUUUAAGAUGACUACUAUACCACAUAUUGACUUAAGUCCAGAGGAACAGAAACGUCUACAGGAUUUAUUUAACAGGUUGGACGUAAAUAAAGAUGGACGAAUAGAUGUACACGACUUGACUGAAGCUCUGCAUAAUUUGAAAAUUCCCCAAGUCCCAGGUCAUGCUGAGAAAUUGCUGGCAAAAAGUGACUUGAACAAAGAUGAACAUUUGGAUUUUGCAGAGUUUGUACAAUAUGUCAGUGAACAUGAAAAACAACUAAAGCUGGCAUUCAACAAAUUGGACCGCGAUAAAGAUGGUGCUAUAGAUGCAAAUGAAAUAUGGACAUCUCUCCGUAAUUUAGGGGUCCAUAUAGAUAGAGCUGAGGCUGAACGUCUUAUGAAAAAGAUGGACAUGGAUAAAACGUUAAAAGUAGAUUGGAACGAGUGGCGGCAAUAUUUAAUCCUCUAUCCAGGAUCAUACCAUGAUCUCCAGGAAAUCCUACACUACUGGCGUCACGCUACACCUUUAGAUCUGAGAUUGCUUUAUUUGCAUGAAGCUCGAGAAAAACAUCGUCAAUUUAGACAGGAGAUGGACCCGUUCGCACUUAUACAUGAUAUAAUAGACAUAGGAGACAAUACACUAGUUCCUGAUGAUUUCACAGAAACAGAACUUAAAACAGGCAUGUGGUGGCGCCACCUUGUGGCUGGUGGUGCUGCGGGUGUAGUUUCACGAACAUGUACUGCCCCACUUGAUCGACUAAAAGUCCUUCUUCAGGUGCACGGAUCUAGAGUGAAUAACCUUGGGGUCAUCACUGGAUUCCAACAUAUGCUCAAAGAAGGCGGAGUCAAGUCAUUGUGGCGGGGAAAUGGAAUUAAUGUGAUAAAAAUAGCGCCAGAAUCUGCAUUGAAAUUCAUGGCAUAUGAACAAAUCAAAAGGCUUAUGAAAGGUGGUAAAGACCGGGAACUGAGCACGAUAGACAGGUUUUGCGCUGGUUCUUCUGCAGGGGCAAUCUCCCAGUCAGCAAUAUACCCCAUGGAGGUGAUCAAGACUCGGUUAGCACUGAGAAAAACAGGCCAAUAUAAGGGAAUAAUAGACUGUGCAUGUAAAUUGUACCAAACUGAAGGACUCAAAUGCUUCUAUAAAGGCUACUUACCUAAUUUAAUAGGAAUUAUACCAUACGCUGGAAUAGAUUUAGCUGUAUAUGAAACAUUGAAGAAACUGUACAUAUCUCACCAUCCUAAAGACCCAGACCCAGGAAUCCUUGUCCUUCUGACUUGUGGCACCCUCAGUAGUACCUGUGGUCAACUUUCCAGCUAUCCACUAGCUCUAGUUCGCACAAAAUUGCAAGCACAAGCAAACACAGGCGUUGGGAAGGGAGACACAAUGGUUGGACUAUUCAAACAUAUAUUAAGAACAGAAGGGCCGAUAGGCUUAUAUAGGGGUAUCACCCCAAACUUUAUGAAGGUAGCCCCCGCUGUGAGCAUAAGCUAUGUUGUUUAUGAACAUGUUAGGAAAUCACUAGGAGUGCAAUGGGCGUAAUGCUACCCUCAACUAGGAAAUUUUAGUCAUAUAAUUUAAAAUACAACCUCUGCUAUAUGCGUAGGGUGAUGUCAUCUCAUGUAGUGAUAAAGUAUUGUGCUAGACCCAUACACUGAAGGAUCCUCAAAUCUGAUUGGUUGAUCUUCAUUACGAGAUGGCGAAAUGAAUCAUGGGAAGGAACUUUUGCAAGUAUCAGCAUGUGUUAUCUUGACACUUGGUUUUGAUUGCCUGUCACAUGAUGUAGAGGGGACUAUGGGAAGAAACCUCCUCUGAGGGAUACUUCUGUAUUGUAGUACAAGACCAUGUGCCAUGUUAAUCAUAUAUUGACCCUCCAGUCUGAUAGGCUACCAAAUGGUCACAUGAUAGAGAGGAAUUUUGCAAGGGAGGUUGAACCAUAAUGCUAUGUUUGUCCAGUCAUCACAGUGUGUAAUUGUUUGAAGCCCCUGUGGUGUUCAAAAAUAUACCUACAGGGUAAAGGAGUUCCUUGGAUACAAUAAUAUUGUUGAGGAAUCAAGUAUAUACCAUGUUAAUCUUUACCAAUCGUAUUGAAAUUAAGGAGAAUACAUGCAAGUCAUUUUGUUAUAAUGUAAUUUAAACACACAGUCUGAUGCACAGUCUCAUAAAUACUAGCUUAAUAGCAGAUUUGUAUUGGCUGUGCAUUAGGCUAUGUAUUUCAGACAGGACUGCAUACAAUUAAUUAGAAGUCAUAUCAAGCUUUAUAAGGAACUUUGUCUCACAUUUACAUAUACAGUUGAGUAUGGCUUCAUGUUCGAAUGUCAAUCCUUGUUCAAUUAUAUUGAUUUAAUCACUUGGAUUGUACAUGUAAGAAUUAUUGGUAAAAAUUUAGUGAUAUGGUAUUGAACAAUUGCACACAAUAGACAAACAAGUGUUGCUUUAAGCAUAUAAUGCUGACCCCCCCCCCCCCCCAUUCAAGAGAAAGAGCCCUGAUCUAGAGUGGUGGAAUACUAAUGCAAGAUCAGGGACAAACAUUUUUCAAUACUUCAAAAAGUGCAACUAAAACAUUUGCAAUGUAUUAAAUCAAUGUAAACAUGAGUACAUGUGUUAGUGUGUAUAUUUUGGUUGUAUAUAGUGAAGCAAUGGCUAUCCAUCUAUACCUCAAUUAGUAGACUUGGUUUAACCAGAAAUAAUCAAAAUGCUGUCAAGGCCUGGGCUUAAUUUGAGGUACUGUAUACUGCUUUAUUUGGCACCCAUAUUGAUAUGGUGAUUCACCAAUUGAGUACAAUAUAUUUCAGAUUAUCUAAUCUCCAUUGAUUUACAGUCUUGUCUAAUGGCGUUUCUAGAGACUGUUCCCAAAAUCUGCCAUAUUGAAUAGUCACUUAAUUCCAGAAAAUGGUGAAGAACCCAAUUAAAUAAUGCCAAAUUAAACCAAUUUACAGUAUUUAUAGGGCAUGACAAGAAUUGAAAUGUCUAAUAUGGCCUUGUAUUUAAAUGGAUGCAGAAUGCAAAUAUCUAAAAAACUACUGAAUGUUACAUGUUGUAGCUGUGCUCAAUGUUGAUGAGGCCGAAGAUCUGUUAAUAUGACAUACAAGUAUUACAAUUUGUUUCAAAAGUCAUUUUUAAACAUCAAAUGUCACUGUAAAGUUAAACCUGAGUAAGUGGAACACUUCAAAAUAAUGUUCCACUGAUGAGAUGUUCCUCUCAUAAGGGUUAAUUUACUUUAAGUUAAUGGGUAAUGGGACUUUGAAGCGUUCCACUUACAGGGGUGUUUCCAUCCUCCGAUCACAGGGCUUCA